AUGAAAAUGGGCCCAUUAGGUGCAGAGGCUGAUGAGAACAAGACAGUGGAAGAAAUGAAAGUGGAUCAGUUUGGUCCAGGACACACCAUUCCAACAGGGGAGCUGGCCCCUGACUCUGAACCGGAGCUUAUAGACAGCACCAAGCUGAUUGAGGUGCAGGUUGUCCUUAUAUUGGCCUACUGCUCCAUCAUCUUGCUUGGGGUGAUUGGCAAUUCCUUGGUGAUCCAUGUGGUGAUCAAAUUCAAGAGCAUGCGUACCGUAACCAACUUCUUUAUUGCUAAUCUGGCUGUGGCGGAUCUUCUAGUGAACACCCUGUGCUUGCCAUUUACACUUACCUACACCUUGAUGGGGGAGUGGAAAAUGGGUCCUGUCCUCUGCCACUUGGUGCCAUAUGCCCAGGGCCUGGCCGUCCAAGUGUCCACGAUCACCUUGAUGGUGAUUGCCCUGGACCGGCAUCGUUGCAUUGUCUACCACCUCGAGAGCAAGAUUUCCAAGCAAAUCAGCUUCUUGAUUAUUGGCUUGGCUUGGGGUGUCAGCGCCUUGCUAGCAAGCCCCCUGGCCAUCUUCCGGGAGUACUCGCUGAUUGAGAUCAUUCCUGACUUUGAGAUUGUGGCCUGUACUGAGAAGUGGCCUGAAGAGGAGAAGGGCAUCUAUGGCACUGUUUACAGUCUUUCCUCCUUACUAAUCCUGUAUGUUUUGCCUCUGGGCAUCAUCUCUUUUUCCUACACUCGUAUUUGGAGUAAACUUAAGAACCAUGUCAGUCCUGGGGCUGCUCAUGACCAGUACCAUCAGCGGAGGCAAAAAACGACCAAAAUGCUGGUGUGUGUGGUGGUGGUGUUUGCGGUCAGCUGGUUGCCCCUCCAUGCCUUUCAACUUGCUGUUGACAUUGACAGCCACGUCUUGGACCUGAAGGAAUACAAACUCAUCUUCACUGUGUUCCACAUCAUUGCCAUGUGCUCCACCUUUGCCAAUCCCCUCCUCUAUGGCUGGAUGAACAGCAACUAUAGAAAGGCUUUCCUCUCAGCAUUUCGCUGUGAGCAGAGGUUGGACGCCAUUCACUCUGAGGUGUCUGUGACGUUCAAGGCUAAAAAGCACCUGCAAGUCGCAAAGAAUAAUGGUCCCAGUGAUUCUUUCACAGAGGCUACCAACGUCUAA